AUGGCUGGAACCCGAAGCUCGACGCGCCAAAAAGCGUCUGCAGCACCAAAGUAUAAUGAAGAUCUAUCAUCAUCUGCUGAAGAAGCACAAUCGAAAGGCAGUACGACCAAGUCGACGCGUCGAAAGCGUACCCGCGAAGAUGAAGACGACGACGACGUAGCAGAUGCAAGCCAACCACCGCCCAAAAAAAUUGCUCCCUCAAAAUCCAAGGCAUUCAAAGCGAGUACAACCAAGGAGAAAGCCCCAGCAAAAGCCCCCAAAACCUCAGAACCCGCAACAUCCAAAUCAAAACCCGCAUCACCACCCGAACCCACCUCACCCUCCAACCGCGACGCAAACGGCAACCAGGAAGUCUUCUGGCUCCUCAAAGCCGAGCCCCUCCCACGCUACGAAAACGGCAUCAACGUCGCCUUCUCCAUCUCCGACCUGCGCGCCUGCACAUCGCCCGAGCCCUGGUCUGGAGUCCGCAACCCGCAAGCCCGCAACAACAUGCAAGCGAUGCGCAAAGGCGACCUAGGCUUCUUCUACCACUCCAACGCCAAGCCCUCAGGUGUCGUCGGCAUCCUGCGCGUCGUGCAAGAAGCCUUCGUCGAUGAGACGGCGUUUGACCCCAAGGAUCCGUACUAUGAUGCCAAGUCGCAGCGUGAUAAUCCCAAGUGGUAUUGUGUAGGCGUGGAGUUUGUGAAGGAGUUUGAAAGGGUUGUGGAUUUGCAUGAGAUUAAGGGGUUUGCGGGGGGUGGGGGGCCGUUGAGGGAUAUGCAGCUUGUUACGAAUUCAAGGUUGAGUGUUUGUAGGGUUAGGAAGGAGGAGUGGGAGUUUAUUCUGGGGUUGGCGGAGGGGGGCAAGGGCGAAGAGAAGGAUGUGGAGAAGAAGGCGUAG